ACAUUAGAACUACUCCGGUAGUAGUUCGUUCGGCUGCCUAUCGUUCAGUCGGGUUGUCAGCCGAGGCUCACUGCACCGCGCGCAUCAAAUUCGUUUUCUGAAUUCCUUUUUUGAUUUUUAUUUUGUACAUUCCGGAAAUGUUCGAUGUGACGAUAAUGUUUGACUUGAUCGAGAGAUUAUCUAACGCGUGACGGAAGUAAAACGUAGACAAUCACAAGAACUGGUCGUUAUCGUCACCGAGUGGGGAGGAUCAUAUUUCUAAAACUGCACGUGUUCGUAUACAGGUUGUAAAUUUCAGAAACUCUGAAGACUUUUACAUCCGUAAUGCUAAAAGAAAUCAGAAACUGUUUGAUUAAAACACAACAAGUGCACAAUAUUUGGUGACACUGGAAGAAUAGAGGCUACAAAUAAAUAAUUUUGCUAAAAAUCUCAUCAUUUCAAUCAUGCUGAAAGGAGUUGUUUUGCUGAUUCUCCAUGUCUUCUGCGACAUUGCAUUAGCAGGACAGUGCGGAAAAGUGUGGGUUACGGUUUCUUCUUUAUGGAGACCAAUUGCUGCUAGUGACAAGGUGGUCGAUGCUGAAUUAGAAGUAAAUUGGGAAUUUGAUUGUCCGGCAGACACAAGAUAUUCAGAUACUCACAUCAAGGUGUUCACUGCUGAUCCAUUAGCAGCACAUAACAAAAUGAUCAAACCUGAAUUGAUCUUGACUUCCUUACAACGUCCUCGAGGAUAUUAUAGGACAAAUAUUACAGUCGGUCGUCCUCCGCUUCCAGGAGGUUGGGACACAAAGGAUGGAGCAACCCUUCCAGGAUCACAUUGUCUCGAUUAUUAUGCAAUCCUUUACAAAGAUGGUCAUAUAUUUUCUAUGUCUUGUUUGCAAAUUUGGCCAACAUGGAUGUACGAUUUGAGGAGAGAAAUCGGAAUGCUUCCUAUCGGCAGUCUAAUGAUACCUGGGACACACAAUUCUGGCUGUUACAAACAUGGUGAUUUGACGCGUCGGGACGCCUUUCAGCGAUACUUGUUGACACAAGAUCGUGAUGUUUGGACGCAAUUGGUGCAUGGUAUAAGAUAUCUGGAUAUCAGAGUUGGAUAUUAUCCAUCAAUACCAAAUGGCACAGCUCUUGACGAGGAUGGGAAUCAUAUAAAUAGAUUCUGGGUCAACCAUGAUGUCAUUCGCAUUACACCUCUUUCUGAGAUCUUAAAGGAUGUGAGGGACUUUUUAGAUGUAGCGAGAGGCGAAGUUGUCAUUAUGGACUUUCAUAGAUUUCCUGUGGGCUUCGAAGGUAGACCAAACAGACAUCGGAAACUACUAACUAUUUUACAUCGAGAAUUCGAGAGUUUAAUCCUGAAACCAGACAGAGGGAUUGAAGGUCUGGGACCAACAUUAAAUGACAUUUGGACUGAUGGAAAGAGAUUAAUUAUUUGUUAUGGUGACAAGCACAUAGCAAAUGAAUAUGAUUGGCUGUGGCCACCCUUAACGCAAGUAUGGGGUAAUCAACAAACUGUGGAGGGUUUGUUCGAAUAUUUGGACGAAGAGAUUUUAGGGUCAAAGAAACGUAGAAAUAGUCAAAAUCCAUUAUGGGCUGUAAUGGCGGAAUUGACGCCAUUUCCACUAGACAUUUUCUUUAAUUUAUCUGGCGGACUUCGACAGAUGGCUGAUUCUGUAAAUCGAAAUCUCACUGUCAAGUUCCAAGAAGAAUGGUGGAAAGAAACAAACAUCGUUGCCACAGACUUUUUUCUCGGAAACGAUCUGAUCUGGGUAUCGAGAAUGUCAAACAUAAAAAAAAGUAACAUCGCGCAAUGGCGUUUGUAAUCUAUAUAAUAGAAUUUCAUUGAUAAAAUUAAAUUUACUCAAAAAUAAUAAAAGAAUAUUAUUACAAUGAAACAAUAGCUUCAAAUUUUCAUAAAUCUUAAUAAAGAUGAAAUUAAUGCACAUUGUGAUAUAAAUUAAUAUUUAUCUGUAAGAUUAUUCAAUUGUAUGAAUUUCACAAGAAAUGUAAGACACUAAUUUAUCCAUUCAAAUAAUAUUGUUAUAUAACUUUAAACAACCAAAUAAUAUAAACUUUGUUAUCUAUAAAUAACAAUAACACAAUCUAUUUAAACAAUUUCAGUUUGCAAAUUAUUAGUGGAAAAUUGUAAGACAUGUUAAAAAUUUUAUAAACACUAGUAUUAUACAAUCUGUAUAUCAAUUUUGCAAAUAAACAUUUAAAAAUUCCAAUUUAAAUUUACAGAAAUAA